ACAACUCUGAAAUUUCCGUGUUGUUGUCAAAGACGCCAUUUUCUACAUAGAAAGAUGAGUUGAGUCUAAAAACAUGGGAGCAGGAGCCAGUUCUAAUCAAACAGUUGGAGUAACUGCAAAUCCGAGAGUUCUUUAUUCAGACCAGCUUUCUAAAAAAGAGAAAAAAACACAGAGGAUAGAUGUACCAGUCCUGAUAGAUGUACAACAUGGUUCUGUUAGAUACAGAUAUGGUAGCUAUGAAGGAGAACCUAAAAAUAAAUCUAGCCGUAUAGAGAGGCCAUUUGAAGGAGAUCUGAAAGUUGAUAAGAAAAAUUAUUUCUACCAUCCUAGAUUAAAUGACUUUAGAAAAGAUGCUGAUCCAUCAAAAGAAGAUGAUUUUAAAUUCCUUCAUGUCACAAAAGGACCAGCUUCCUGUAAAAAUAAGAAGUUAUUCUAUGUAUAUGGUCGUGGAUGGAAUGCCAUAGAUGGGAAGAAAACCUUACCUACCAUGACUAAAGAAGAAGGCAACGAUUAUUCCUGGCCACAGAUGAGAAAACCAAAUAGUUGUUACUAUAACUUGCUUUUUGAGCAACAAGAAACAGAACUACCAGAAAUGAGUGAAGAGGAAAGACUGUCUGAAGAACUCUCAUCUACACCCAACAAAAAUCAGAUACAUGUGACAUUAACAGAUACUGAUUCUGCCCAGGAUGUAAAGAGGAAGAUAGCAUUAAAGAUUCUUAAAAGUGCAGCUGAUAUUUUUAUUGUGUGUAAUAAGGAAUUAUUGAGGAAUGAAGAUGUAAUUGGUGAUCAGAGAACAGAUGAACAAGGCAACUGGAAGACUUUUAAAGUCACCUUGAAUCUUUUUUGACAGCAAACUUUUUUUCAUUUGUUAUUGUAACAUGCAGGUCAUGUUCAAUUUGAUAUAUGCAUUUAUAUUGUUUUGUUGUAAAAUAUCUGUGAUAUUUAUAUAUUUUUAUACAGUUGUACAAAUUUGUUUUAUAUAUACCCACAUGUAAGUAUGAGAGAACAGAUUAUCAUUUCAAACCAACUAUUGAUCAUUAUAUAAUUCUAAACUAAUUUAACCCACAAAAUUAUUGUUUUUGAAGUUUCAUUUUGUAACCCCAUUUGAAAUAGUUUGGGGCAAAUUGUUUUUCAGUCUGUGUGCUCAUCUGUCUGUUUGACUAUCAGUUAGUUUUAACUUUUAACUAUCACAUAUUAAUAACAUUUAAGGAUAGUAAGUUAUUUAACUUUAUAGAAUAAGUUUGGUAAUAAUCUAAUCAAGUAAUAUGCUUACUAAAACAAGAAGCUGAUAUACCAAUGGAAUGUUAUUUAAACUUGAAUGAAGGCAUUUUAUUUACAAUAUUCCUACACUGUUUGUUUAAAAGUUAAAAAAAAAACAUCAUUCAGUCUUAUUCUUGUAAAAAUUUGUCAAACUUGUUAUUGGAAAAUAAGUUUUACUUUUAAAAGUUAUGAUUCUCUUCAGCAAAAACAAAUUUUUCAUUGAAAGUGUCAAUAUCUGAAGUUUCAACCAAAUAAUAUACAAUUACUGUUAUUUGAUGAGGUAAAUAUGUGGUUUUAUUGACAGGCCAACGGCCGAAGUGAAUAUCAGUUUUUCAAAAGUCAAUUAAACCACAUAUUUACCGAAACAAAAGACAGUAAUUGUUUUAUUCCAUAUUCUGAAAGAAAUGUAUGUAAUGGAAAUUAUUUACCAAAACCAAUUGUACAUCAAACGUUUUUUUAACAAAAUCAUACACGUAAAAGCAGGCAACGUUUUGCGCGGUGAAUAUACUUUUUCCGCAGGUGAAUAUGCUUAUUUAUUCAAAAUCCCAUUCAUAUAGAAACACCUAUUAAAGUUUUAUCAAUAUGGAAUAAACAAAAUUAUUGAAAUAUAAUUAAAACUUUAUAACCAGUAUUAAGCUGACAUGCUGCAAUCUUUAAAUAUUUUUUUGGUAUAUUUGUAAUAUUUAUUGUUCAAUGAUAAUAUAUAUAUACGCUAUUUUUUAAUUAUAAUACUGUUAAAUUAUAACCUUAUUUUUUUGCAAUAAAAAUGUUGAAGGUUA